AUGGAUGAUGAGCCAACAUGCGGGACCAAACCUAAAACACACCUUUGGAACAAGGCUGGAUUUUUGCAAAGGAUAGAAGAAAUAACUCGCCGGUUACAAGACAUAUCGGGGUUUCUGAGUAAGGUUCUCAAGUUACAUGGUUCAGAUUUUGUCGCAAGCUCAAAUCACUAUCGAAGUAUAACAUCGGAUCAACACCUAAGAACAUCAAGUGUUGUUCCAAGGAAAGUCUAUGGAAGAGUUACAGAGAAGGACUACAUCAUAAAGUUCAUGACACAAGACAAACCCGAUGGUUCAUAUGUUCUUCCUAUUGUAGGCAGUGCAGGAGUUGGGAAGACUGCUCUUGCUCAGCUUGUAUACAAUGAUCCAAUCGUGGCAGAGCACUUUGACCAAAGGAUAUGGGUUUCGGUGUCUAACAACUUCGAUGAACUAAGACUCUUUAGAGAGGUGUUAGAUUUUGUCUCUCAGAAGCAAACACAUGAAGGAUUAUACAGCUUUGCCAAGCUUCAGGAGGUCUUAAAGAUGCAUAUCGCAUCAAAGAGGGUUCUGCUUAUUUUGGAUGAUGUUUGGGAUGACUUUAACUUCCGCAGAUGGAGCCAACUAUUAGCUCCUUUGAAGUGUAACACAAAGGGUACAAAGAUUCUUUUGACAACUCAAAAAUUGUCUGUUGCACAAACUGUUGGUACAGUUGAACCAAUUGAGUUACGUAGUUUAGCAUAUGACGAUUUUUGGUUGUUAUUUAAGUCAUGUGCUUUUGGUGAUGAGAACUAUGAAAGGAAUCAAAAUCUUAGCAACAUUGGAUCGCAAAUAGUAGAGGAGUUAAAGGGAAACCCAUUAGCAGCAGCAACAGCAGGGGAACUAUUACGAAGGAACCUUACUAUUGAUCACUGGAAUAACAUUCUGAAGAAUGAAGAUUGGAAACCUCUGCAACUCAAUGGAGGUAUAAUGUCUGCUCUGAAGCUUAGCUUUGAUCAGCUCCCCUACAGGUUACAACAAUGCUUCUUAUUUUGUGCUCUAUUCCCUGAGACAUAUAAGUUCGCUGAUGAGGAGCUAGUCCAAAUUUGGAUUUCGCAGGGAUUUGUGAAGUGUGAUAAUUCAAGUAAGAGACUUGAGGAGAAAGGAUUUGACUAUCUGCCUGAUCUUGUGAACUUGGGCUUCUUACAACAAGUUGAAAGAGAAGAGACGGAUCAAACUUGCUACAUUAUGCAUGAUCUUAUGCAUGAUCUUGCUAGGGUAGUCUCAAGAACUGAGUUUGCAACUAUAGAUGCCCUGCAGUACUGUGAGAUGAUGCCAACUAUACGCCAUUUAUCAAUAGUAAGUGAUUCUGGAUAUAACGCAGAUCAGCAUGGAGACAAACCUCGCAAUAACAAGUUUGAGAAGAAAAUGCUCGCCGGAUGUACAUCGCUGAGGAAAUUGAGGACAUUGGUAUUCCUUGGGCAGUAUGACAUGUUCUUCUUCAAAUCCUUUCAAGAUAUAUUACGAGAGGCACAUAAUUUGCGCCUGCUGCAAAUUUCUGCAACAUCUGAUGGUUUAAAUCCUUUACUGUGCAGUUUUGUGAAUUUGAAACAUCUUCGCUACUUAGACAUCAAAGCUGCUGAUGGGCUUGGGGCUUUGCCUCAAAUUUUGAGCAAGUUUUGUCAUCUUGAAGUAUUACAUGUUGGCUCAUACACCAACCCUACUAUGCCUGUCAGGAUUGACCAUGUUUUUAGGUUGCGACAUCUUGUUACAGAAGAGGGGGCAUACUCUUCCAUUGCUAACAUUGGUAACCUGACAUCUCUUCAGGAGCUACCCAAUUUUGUUGUUCAGAAUUCCAGCGGCUUUGAGAUAACACAACUCCAGUCCAUGAAAGAGCUUGUACGACUUGGGGUGUCUCAACUUAAAAAUGUUAAAACUCGGGAGGAGGCUAAUGGGGCAGGAUUAAGAGAGAAACAACACUUGAAAGUGUUGCACUUGUCCUGGGGAGUUGCCUCGUCAGGUGAUGAAUAUGGUAGGGACAUGAGCUCCGGAACGGAUCGGUUGUCAGUAGAGGUUAUUGAGGGCCAUGAACCACACAAUAACCUAAAGCAUCUGCGGAUAUCUGGGUACAAUGGACAUCUCUCCCCAAGUUGGCUUGCCAACAGUAUCUCUUUGCAGACUCUUCAUAUAGAGGGUUGUGGCAAAUUGGAAAUACUUCCAUCUUUUGAACAGCUUCCGUUCCUUAGAAAGUUGAAGUUGACGGAAAUGCCAAGCAUGACAGAAGUAUCAAUUCCUUCAUUGGAGGAACUGGUACUAAUUCAAAUGCCAAAGUUGGAGCGGUUUUCCUGCAUGUCCACUAGGGACUUGAACUCAAAUUUAAGGGUUCUGAAGAUCCAGAGAUGUCCUGCAAUGAAGAUCUUUCCUCUAUUUGAGAGCUCCCAGAAAUUUAAAAUCGAGCAGAAGUCAUGGUUGCCCAGUCUGAGGGAACUCAUUAUCAACGGAUGUCCUAAUUUACAUGUGCCACAUCCCCUUCCUCCAUCACCUACCAUUUCCAAACUAUCCAUCGUCGACGUUCCAACACUCCCAAGGAUAGGGGGAUCAUCUGCUGACACGUUAACAAUUGGAUCCAGAAGUGAGGGCUAUGAUAAUUUUGAUCCUUCUUCUGAUGUGAUGACUAUACUGGAUUGCAAAAUGUUGGUAUUCCACAACCUGAGGGGCCUCAGAUACCUGCGUAUAGAUGGUUGCCACAAUCUAUUGUCUAUUUCAUUUACAGGAUUAGGGGAGCUUGUUUCUUUAAAGAGUUUGGAAAUAUGUAGCUGUCGAAAACUUUUCUUGUCCCCGCAAAAAAAAAAAAAACUUUUCUUGUCAAAUGUUAUACCAGAGCAUACCGGUGAAGAUGUGACAGCUGCAAAUUGCAAUUCCCUCCCAUCUCUGUCACUCUCAGAAUUAAGUGUUGCGGAAUAG